AUGCGGUCUACAGAUCAAGUUAAUUACUUGAUUAUUUAUCCAGGUGACCCAACUGUUUUUGGUAACUUGAAACCUCAUUCAACAAUCCCAAAAGCCUUGUGCAAGGCCUUAGAAUCCGGAAAAAACAACGGUUACGGUCCAGCCGUUGGUUUUCCAGCCGCCCGAGAGGCCGUCGCAAAAUAUAGCCGACAUCAAGGCCCAGUCACAGCUCAGGAUGUCAUCCUUUGCAGCGGUUGUUCCUGUGCCCUGGACAUGUGCAUAUCAGUGCUGGCCAAUCCAGGAGAGAAUAUACUGAUGCCCAGGCCUGGUUUCUCGAUUUAUAGAACUUUGGCCGAGGGGAUGGGCAUACAAGUUAAAUAUUACAAUCUGCUGCCCGAACGUGAAUGGGAAGUAGAUCUCCAACACAUGAGGUCCCAAAUUGACGACAAAACUCGUGCCAUGAUCGUCAAUAACCCAUCUAAUCCUUGUGGAUCAGUCUACACAGCUGAUCAUCUGCGUGAUAUCCUCGAUAUUGCUUCCGAAUUUAGAGUUCCAAUUAUUGCUGAUGAAAUUUACGAACAUUUCGUAUUUCCUGGCAAUGAAUUUCAUUCCAUGGCUAGCUUGAGUGAUGAUGUACCCAUACUUUCUUGUGGCGGUCUCACGAAAAGGUUUUUGAUUCCUGGUUGGAGAAUGGGUUGGAUUAUAAUAAAUGAUAGAAAUGAUGUUUUCAAGGGGGUACGCAAAGGCCUCCAGAGUUUAAGCACACGUAUAAUUGGCAGCAAUACCUUGGUACAAGGUGCUUUGCCAGAGAUAUUGGCAGAUACUCCACAAGAAUAUUACGAUGAUCUUGUUCUUACACUCGCGAGGCAUGCCAAAUUAGCAUACGAAAUGCUGAAAGAUUUACCAGGUUUGACCCCAGUAAUGCCUCAGGGUGCUAUGUACAUGAUGAUCGGUCUUGACAUGGAGAAUUUUCCGGAAUACAAAACCGAGAUGGAUCUUGUACAGGAGUUGGUCAAGGAACAGAGCGUUUUUUGUCUCCCAGGACAGUGUUUUGAGUAUCCUAAUUACAUGAGGAUGGUGCUAACCGUACCUGAAGAAAUGAUAGAGGAAGCUUGCAAGAGGAUUGCUGAAUUUUGUGAACAGCAUUAUAAAAUGAACAAUAAUAUUAAAGUAAUGCAAAUAUAAGUUAAUAUUUAAAAAUUAUGAAGAAAGGAUGGGUUACUA